AGUCAGCUUGGCAGAGUUACUCUGAAAUGAGGAAUUAGAGGCUGAGAUCUGAGGAACAAGAACUGCAGCCAGAAGAAGAGGGACCGGGCCCUGAAGACACUUCUACUGAGAGGUCUGCCAUGGCCUCUCUUGGCCUCCAACUUGUUGGCUACAUCCUAGGCCUUCUGGGGCUGUUGGGCACGGUGAUUGCCAUGUUGCUCCCCAAUUGGCGAACGAGUUCUUAUGUCGGUGCCAGCAUUGUGACGGCAGUUGGCUUUUCCAAGGGCCUCUGGAUGGAGUGUGCCACCCACAGCACAGGCAUCACCCAGUGUGACAUCUACAGCACCCUUCUAGGCUUGCCUGCUGACAUUCAGGCUGCCCAGGGCAUGAUGGUGACAUCCAGUGCAAUCUCCUCGCUGGCCUGCAUUAUCUCUGUGGUGGGCAUGAGAUGCACAAUCUUCUGUCAGGAAUCCCGAGCCAAAGACAGAAUGGCGGUAGUGGGCGGAGUCUUCUUCAUCCUUGGAGGCCUCCUGUGCUUCAUUCCUGUUGUCUGGAAUCUUCAUGGGAUCCUGCAGGACUUCUACUCACCACUGGUGCCUGACAGCAUGAAAUUUGAGAUCGGAGAGGCUCUUUACUUGGGCAUUAUUUCUUCCCUGUUCUCCUUGGUGGCUGGAAUCAUCCUCUGCUUUUCCUGCCUAUCCCAGAGAAAUCGCUCCAACCACUACGAUGCCUACCAAGCCCAGCCUCUUGCCACUAGCAGCUCUCCCAGGCCUGGUCAGCCUCCCAAAGCCAAGAGUGAAUUCAACUCCUACAGUCUGACAGGGUAUGUGUGAAGAACCAGGGGCCAGAGCUGGGGGUGGCUGGGUCUGUGGAAACCAGUGGACAGGCCCCUGGGGCCACAGGUGAGGGACGUUGCCACUGCAUCAUGUCAGAAGGUGCUGCUGAGGACAGACUGACUUUGGCCGCUGGAUUGAGCAAAGGCAGAAAUGGGAGCUAGUGUGACAGCGGGCAGGUUGAAUUGCCUGCAGGAUGCUCGCCAAGCCAGCCUUUCUGUUUCCCUCACCUUGCCCUCCCCCUGCCCUGAGUCCCCAACCCUCAACUGGAAAUCGCAGCCCCUACCUUUAGCCAGGCCCCAGAGGCUCCCUUCUGCCCUUUGGUUUACCUGGGAAUCCAUCCCCAAACCCACUAAUCACAUCCCGGGGACUUACUCUCUCUGAUCAAGGACCCUCUCCCUCUGGCUGAGGUUGCUCUUAGCUUGUCGCUGGGGGAUGGGGGGAGAAGUGGUGGCUUUUAUGGGCAUGGCUCCAAACUCCUUCUCAAGCCUCCCUCUAAAGAAACUGAUUGGUCAGUAAUGGGCCAUGGAACCUCCAUCCCACUCCUGUUAUGACUCCACAGUGUCCAGACUGGUUUGUGCAUGAACUGAAAUAAAACCAUCCCACGGUAUCCAGGGAACAGAAAGCAACUGGGUGCAGGAUGAGAGGAUGGGUAGGCAGCCUGGGAC